UGCCUCCUGCGACUGCGAGCCCUCCCCCCAGUCCGCUCCCUUCUCAAAGACGAGUCUAGAGAAAAAAGAGGGCGAUAGAUUAACAGCAAAUCCCGAAAUCGCAGCGCGAAAUUAAACAAAACCGGAACGGCGGAUACAAUAAGCAGCUGCUGCGGUCGGCAGCAGCACCACCGCAAGCAGCCGCCACCGUCACGCCACCGCGCCGAGAGGGAAAAGCCGAGCGGUGGCAGGCUAGGAGGGGACGGACGAAAGGGGGAAAUCGCCUGCCUGCCUGCCGCGGUGGGUUGGUGGCUGCCGCCUCCGCAUCCUCUGCUCAGUUCCCCAGCCCACCCCCAUUCACCUCGCCUGACCUCGCAUGGAUUCCCGCUCGCUUCCCCUCCACUCCACGCGCCGAUCCGCCGCCACCUGCCAGGAGAGCGCGACGCGAUCCAAUUGAGGUGCAGGAGGCGGGGGCGCCCUGCCUGCUGCCUGCGUGCUUCCCCUCCAGUAUCCGCCCGGGCCUGGCCGCGCUGCCGCUGGACGCCAUCGCGCGCCUGCACGGCGUCUUGGGGCGGUCGGAGCAGCCGCCGCCACGCGGGCGACCCGGCGCGAGGAAGCGGUGGCCGAGCCGGGGGAGCGCGAUGCUGUGGGUGACGCGCCUGUCCGGCUUCUUCUCCGCCGCCAUGGUGAUGGUGGUGCUGUCGCCGUCGCUCCAGUCCUUCCCGCCCGCCGAGGCCAUCCGGUCCUCGCAGUUCGACGGCAGCGUCCGCUUCCCGGGCCAGAUCGCGGGCGGCGCCAGGGGGAUCGCCUUCCGCCGCGCCCCGUCGUUCCGCAAUGCCGCCGAUUGCGGCGGCGGCGGCGCGGGCAACGGCACCGCGGCCAAUGUCUGCGACCCCUCGCUCGUCCACAUCGCGAUUACGCUCGAUGAGGAGUACGUCAGGGGAUCCGUCGCGGCGGUCCACUCGGUGGUUCAGCACGCCAGGUGCCCCGAGAGCGUCUUCUUCCACUUCCUCGUCUCCGACCCGGGCCUCGGGGACCUCGUCCGCGCCGUGUUCCCGCAGCUCCGCUUCAAGGUCUACUACUUCGACCCCGACCGCGUCCGGGGGCUCAUCUCCACGUCGGUGCGGCAGGCGCUGGAGCAGCCGCUCAACUAUGCGCGCAACUACCUCGCCGACCUCCUCGAGCCCUGCGUGCGCCGCGUCAUCUACCUCGACUCCGACCUCGUCCUCGUCGACGACGUCGCCAAGCUCUGGCGCACCGACCUCGGCGGCCGCACCGUCGGCGCGCCCGAGUACUGCCACGCCAACUUUACCAAGUACUUCACAGGCCGGUUCUGGUCAGACCAGCGGUUCGCCGGAACGUUCGCGGGGCGGCGGCCGUGCUACUUCAACACAGGGGUCAUGGUGCUCGAUCUCGAGCGGUGGCGGCAAGCGAGCUACACGCAGCGCAUCGAGCGGUGGAUGGAGAUACAAAAGUCGCCGCCAGGGCGCAUCUACGAGCUGGGGUCGCUGCCGCCCUUCCUGCUGGUGUUCGCAGGGCACGUGGCGCCGAUCGAACACCGGUGGAACCAGCACGGCCUCGGCGGCGACAAUGUCCUGGGCAGCUGCCGCGACCUCCACCCGGGUCCGGUGAGCCUACUGCAUUGGUCCGGGUCCGGCAAGCCGUGGGCGCGGCUCGGCGCCGGGCGGCCGUGCCCGCUCGAUGCGCUCUGGGCGCCCUUCGACCUGUACGGCCCCGCCGGCGCCGGCGCCGAGGAGUCCCGGUAACCGCUACACUCGAAAAAAAAGAAAGAUUCUUUUCCUUCUUUGGCCGACCCCGUACAAAUUCUGAGCUUCUAAUUCUUGGUUUCCAUUACCUGUACAAACCUAUAUGUUUUUUCAUCCCUUUCUUCUUCUUCUUCUUUUCCAGUUCAGUUCGAUUAAAUGUUUGGUGCUAGAUUGUUCAUGUUUGUUCUUAGUGAUCUCUUCUCCCACGUUUUGAUCAUUUUGUUACUAAAAACAGAGGCCAUUUGUUUGUAUCCUACUCUACAGGGCUGCAUUCUUGCAGCCUCAAACAUCACCAUAAAUAAAAUCACAGAGAAAUAGACUUUGCACUUUGCAGCAA